UGUAAAUUAUAGAUGUAAAUGUGACUCUUUGCCGGCUUCAGUAACUUAAAAAGUUUGAAAAACCAGAGGUCCAGCAGUUAAUCCACGUCAAGUAUCAGGUGACUGAAGUUUUUUCUCUUUUUUCCAACCUAUUUCAAGGGUGUCGUAAUUCUGACAAGUUAGCCCCGAGUCCCUGACACUGAUUUGAAAGAGAAGACCGGCGGAUAUUUUUGAGAUUCUCCAGGGCUGUUACCUCGUCUCAGCGGGAUUUCCAGAAUGGGUGACUGGAGCGCUUUGGGAAGACUGCUUGACAAGGUCCAGGCUUACUCUACGGCAGGAGGAAAGGUCUGGCUGUCGGUGCUCUUCAUCUUCCGCAUCCUGGUCCUGGGCACCGCGGUGGAGUCUGCGUGGGGCGACGAGCAGUCGGCCUUCAAGUGCAACACCCAGCAGCCUGGCUGUGAGAACGUCUGUUAUGACAAGUCCUUCCCCAUCUCGCACGUGCGCUUCUGGGUGCUGCAGAUCAUCUUUGUCUCCUCGCCCACGCUUCUCUACCUCGGUCACAUUUUCUACCUGAUGCACAAGGAGGAGAAGCUGAGGAAGAAAGAGGAGGAAUUGAAAGUGCUUCAAGAUGAGGGUGUGGACGUGGACCUCCCUCUGAAGGCCAUCAAGCUGAAGAAGUUCAAGUAUGGGCUGAAGGAGCACGGUAGGGUCAAGAUGAAGGGUGCCCUCUUGUGCACAUACAUCGUGAGCAUCGUUUUCAAAUCUAUUUUCGAGGUUGGCUUCCUGCUCAUACAGUGGUACGUGUAUGGGUUCAGUCUGGAUGCUGUUUAUACAUGUGAGAGGUGGCCCUGCCCCCACAAAGUUGACUGCUUUCUAUCUCGACCCACCGAGAAAACGGUCUUCAUCGUCUUCAUGCUGGUCGUGUCCCUCGCAUCUCUUCUUCUGAAUGUGAUCGAGCUGACGUACAUCUUCUUCAAAAGAAUUAAGGAUCAAACAAAGAUGACCAAAAGCUACUUCUUCACCAGCGGCCACAUAAGCCCCAACCCCAAGGACUUGUCCUCUUCCAAGUACGCUACCUGCAAUGGUUGCUUUUCGAUCGCGGCUCCCAUUCCUCCGCCAGGGUACAAGCUGGCUAUCGGGGACAAGGCGAACUCGUGCCGUAACUACAAUACGCAAGCUAGCAAGCAGAACUGGGCUAACUACAGUGCCGAGCAAAGCCGGCUGGGUCAGAACGGCAGCACCAUUUCCAAUUCCCACGCCCGGGCUUUCGAGAACUCAGAGAACCUGAGCCACAAUGAAACGAAGCUGAGAAUGAGCCCUGAGCUGCAGCCUCUCGGUCUUCUGGAACCUCGUCCGCUCAGCCAGACUAGCCGCGUUAGCAUUAGCAGCCGGGCUAGACCGGACGACCUCGACGUUUAGCCAGACCCAAUGUUAAGUCUUGGUUUUCACAUCGGAAUGUCCUUGGGGGAUGUUCAGCAUUCCUAAUAGCUUUCCCGAAUAAUAAAUGUCAGUGACUUAAUACGAUGUUGAUGACUUGAAGAGUUAAGAAUGUCUGACAAAUAUUUUAAGCACAAGCGACGAAGGAGCUAAAAUUGCAGUACGACGCUUUUAGCGACGUGACGUUUUACGUUUGUUUUUUCUUCAUUUCAUCUAGCAACACUAAGCUACAUACGCUACCAGUGAAAAGUUUUUGCACACCACAGGUUUUCACUACUUUUCCAUUUAUUUCACUAACUGCUGAUGUUCUUUUAUUCUUGCUAAGCGUUGGAAAGUUGAGUGAACAACUAUAAACGAAAAUGAAAGUCUAAUUACAUUGACAAUUUCCUUUAUAACAUGGAAUGAGUGUGUAACAGUGCAUGCCUGACAUCCUAUUAAACGGUUGUGCUUUGAUGGCAUACUCAAAUUCUAUGCUGUCCUGAACUUUAAAUGCACUAGUUUCUUUCAUCUCCAUCCAAAUAUCUUGUACUCUUUCAUCCCAUGAAACAGCAGUAUUUAAUGUCCCUUGUAGAAAGAAUGUCUCAAAUUUUCUCUGCUGUUAUAGCUGCUAGAGGAGGUAACUUUGAUUAAUGAAAUAUAUGAUAUUUUCUUGCUAAUAAUGGUACUCAAAUGGUGAACAUAUUGUAAAUUUAUUUAAUAUUUGUUUUAAAUUUAUUUAAAUUUAAAAAUACUAAGUGUAUUUUUAGUAAACGUCAAAUGAGUAACAUGCAAAUGUAGAAAAUCCCAGUGUGUGCAAAGACUUUUAACUGGUCCAUGCAUCGCUAAAAUAAAAGCCACACCUUGUUUUCCUUUCAGUAAUUAAACUAUUAACAUAUUUCUGUUGCCAAUGGGUUUCGCGCCUGGUAGCUUUGGAUGGGAUUAUGCAGGGAUUUGUGUGUAAAUGGUAGUGAAUUACCUCUGGCUUGGAGUCUGUUGGAAUUGUUUCACGUGGCCCUGAGGGUAAGGCUAUUAGAGCACCAUAAACUGGGGAAACAAUAUAGUAACAAGCUGACAGGACAAAUAAAAGGUCUGCGAGCCUAUUGACGCUCUCCCAAUAGAACGUUUAGUUAGCUUUUAUUGUGAGCUUAGGGGAGGUCUCAAAACAACCUUCCGGAGCAUAAGGUGCAAUGUUGAUUAUAAAAGAAAUGAAACAAGGGAGAAAAUGUCUUUAAUUUUGACUUUGUAUUUAGGGAAAAUACCAAUGAGAAGGAAAGACACUUGGUAAGUCAGUUAUGCUGUUUAAAGCCGAACAUCAUUCACUACAGGUCAGGUACAGUGACUGCUGUAGUUAUAAUAGUUUUUUGAAGACUUGUGGUUGCUCACCUCAAAAAACUUUGAGACCCCCUUACUGGACCCCCCUGCAGUUCACACACAGGGCUUACGGGUCAGCUGAUGCGGUCAGCCUUAGCCUGCGUUUCAUCCUUCAACAUCUGGACCAUCAGGGAAACUAUAGCAGAGCUCUGCUUGUAGACGUCAGUUUGACAUUUCACACAGUUGUCCCGGAGUUCCCCCGCUCCGAGCUCACCCCACUGUCCCUGCCAGAAUCUCUGUGCCUGUGAAUCAUCAUCAGCUUCCUAUCAGAAUGGAGGCAGCAUAUAAAGUUGGGAAGAUAACCUGAUCCACGGCACAGGAUUACUCAGUGUUGGGCAUUUCAGGCCCAGAAGCUACAAAUCCAGAACAAGAGUUUGCUUCUACCAACCAGUUGAGCAUAAAGAGUCACAGUCACAGAGAACUCAGCUGGUUGGUUGAAACAAAAUCUUGGUCUGGAUUUGUAGCUUCUGGAUCUGAAAUGCACAGCACUGGGAUUAUUAUAAGGCUGCACCACUACUAACUCCUCUGUUAAGAUCCUGAAUUUUGCAAAUGACAUCUCCAUGAGAGGACUGAUCUAGAACAGUGACAAGUCCGAAUACAGUGGCUUAGCUGCGUUCUGGUGGAACAUCAACUACCUGGAGCUCACCACCAUGAAGAUAGUGGAGAAGGUUGUGUACCUCUGGAAAUCCCUCCCCAUCGACUACUGUGGAGUCAUUCAAAUUCUUUGGAACUAUUAUCUCCAAGGUCCUUAAGUGGAAGAUCAUCAUUGACUGCAUAGUCAAGAACAGGGGAUGUUAUUGCUGUGGCAGCUUGACCAUCCACAGACAAUGCUGGUCCCGGUCUAUACAGCUGAGAAUCAGUUCUCAUGUCCUCCCUCACGGUUGGUUCAGCUCAGCAUCAUCUGAGAAGCAGAGAAGGUCAUUCACUUCACCCCCACUGAUUCACCGCACACCUCAAGUACAAAAAAAGCGAGCUGGCAAGAUCAUCGCUGACCCCUCCCACCCUGGCCACAAACUCAAAAUUCUCCCCUGAGGGGGACGUUCCGGUCUUCCAGAACCACCGCAUCAAGACACAAAAACAGCAUCUUCCCCCCAAGCAUUUGCACAGCUCAAUACCUGACCAACACUACCUCCGGCUACUGCACCUCUGCACUUUACUACACAUUUAUACAUCUUUAUAAUAUAUAAUAUCCUUGCU